AUGGCGUCUACAUUAGAAUCCUUCUACUCGUGGACAUUGCCAAGCCCUCGGGUUUUGUCCUCGUUACAAGAGGAUGACGACAUUUCCGAUGCAUCGGAAUAUUCUUCAGAUGAUUCAGAAGAUCAUGAUUCCGACGAUUCCAAUACGGAAUCAGAGGAAGAUCUCGAUGAUGAAAAUGACGAACCGGUUCAGAUAGCACGGAAACUACUCUUUGAUUGCUGGAAGCAGGACCAUAGUCCAGCCAUGGGGAAUUUGUAUGACGGGGGAUUGGGGACGUAUUUCGUUCUCAUGGAGUACGCCCAACGGAGAACCAAUAGAAAGCUAAAGUUGAGGCAAAGAAAAAGACAACGACGGAAGCAACCAACGAAUGGAAUGCAGACACCAAAGAGACAUACGCUAGGCGGGAUAGGAACUUCGUCGCCGAGGGGCUCCGUUACUCCAAGGUCGUCAUCCAAUUCAGCACCACCCAAUAAGGCUUUUUUCAAUUCGCCGCCGAGAAAGAAACGAACUUCGAUUUACAGAAGUAAACAUUAUUUGAAGCAGGCGUGCGAUGCUGCCGAGAAGGCUUGUCAGUCUUACCAUCAAACCAUGUCAACAGUUACUACUUCGUUUAUGUACCAAAAACAAAACAACAUUUCCAUUUUUCAAUCCGAAUGGGUCGGAGCGAGAGCCUUGUAUGGGGUAUGCCUUUAUCAUUUAGAGCAAGAGCAUGUGGAACCAGAUCCUCUGAGCACGGGGCAAACACGGCUGUCUCUGUCGUCCGUGAAACCAACAACAUCAACACCGGACCGGACGUCGAUAGCGAGUGACUCCAUCCAGCAGGACGGCGAAGAAAAGACUAGCAGGGCGAAAAGUAUACUCGACGAUUUGGUGGAAGAAAUGCUGGAAAAAGCAAGUCAUGAACGAAGCAAUACGGUUCUAUCAGGUAGAGCGGGGGCCUUGCAAGCUAUAUUUUGGAUUCGAUCGCAAUUGCGAGAUCCUUACUGGAGUCAGGAAGCAGUCGUGGAAUUGGCAAAACAGAUAGUGCAAGGUGGAAUUCUUACGGUCAAUACAGAAGCCACUGUCACGACGGAGGAUACCACCCACACAAGUGGACCUGAGUCGCCUUCCACUUCGUCUGGAUUGCCAGGUCGACAGAGUUACCGUCAUGGAAAUUUUCGACCACCCAAGUUGCCCAAAAGUGAUGUUACUCGAGAGGGUGCCAUUAUGGGGCAAAUCGGUAUAUUGCACACCUUGUUGAAUCUAACGGCGCAAGAAUGGAACUUGAUUGAAGAACAAGUGCCUGGCUCGAAACAAAUGGUACACGGCAAAUUGGAUUCUUUGACGGUUCCUCUACUGCCAUCAAAGCAUCCAAAGGAUACACCUGAACAUUGCACCAAUUGGGCGCAUGGUGCCACUUCCUUGGCCUUUCUUUGGAUCCAGGCUUCCCAAGUAUUUCAAUCGAAAUCAUAUCUUUUGGAGGCUCUUGACAUUUGCGACAACAUCAUUUGGCCGAAGAUUAGUGGGGAUGAUGAUGAUUCUGAUUCGGAAGGCGUGAACAACUCAGCUUCGAAAACGACUCGCCCUCCACCAAUGGGACUUGCGAAAGGGACCACUGGCAUGGCUUUUUUGUUUCUGGCGCUUUCCGAGUAUUGUCCAAAGCCAGUAUCAACUCUGUGGUUGCGUCGGGCAGAAUUCUUGGCACGAAUGGCAUUGGAACAUUCAUCGCUAGCUACCUCAUUAGCACCAACUCCCAUGGACAUGGACCAUUUGUCCACCGUCUUUCCGUUUGAUCGAACAAAACAGAGUAAUAAGCAGGGAUUCCCACUUGACGCCAAGGACCGAUACAGCUUAUAUCAUGGACAAGGUGGACUGGCGACCUUGCUGCUACAACUCCAACGACCAGACCACAAGGUGCACAUGCCAUUGUAUUCCAUGGGGUAUUCAGAGCAAUUGCUACAACCGGAGGAUCAAUUGCCGCAAGUGAAACUGGUUCUGGAUGAUAUACCGGACGAACCCGUAUUUGCGGAGCCAGCAGAACGAUCAAAAGAACCGGAACCAGUGAUUGAAGAAGAGGACUUGCAAGUAGAAACUCAAGAGGAGGUUGAAGUUGUUGAGUCAGAAUCGGAAGAGAAGGAAGAGAGUCUAGACGACAUGUUGGAUGAAAUUCUUGAUGACAACAAAGAGACUGAGAAAGAAGAGGUUGUGAAAGAAUUUGUCAAGCCGAGGCCAUCUGCAAAAGCCAUACUACCACGACCUAGUUUUCUGAUGCCCAAGUUUCAAGCUCAAUCCAACAAUUCCUUGUUUUGGUCGUUGCAAAGCGACAGCAAUAUUGGCGAUUCCGAAACCUACAGACCAUCCCUGGUCAACACCGCACCAGAUUCUGCAGAGAAAGUUCAAUUGCGGUCCUAUUCACAAACAAAUUCACGUUUAAGUGGAAUGUCGCUUUCUGAAGCAGCCGCUGCAAUGACCGAUGCCGCCAAGGAUCCCAAAGCAAAAGUGACCAAACGGGAAGAAAUUAAAAAGAGAACCAAAGAAUCAGCCCAGCCUUCAGAUGCUACACGGAUCCAAAACAUAGUGCCUUCUGAUGGAUCCAAAGUGAUAGUCCAAGAGACGAAAAAUAGUGAGCAAGAGAAGAAAACGGUCGCGGCGCCAUCACCAUCAAGAGCAGAUAAAGAAGAAACACAGCCCAAGGAUUCAAAACUUUCAAAAAAAUCUACGCCAUCGCGAUCGAAGCAAAAUACAGAGCCACCAAUCAAGAGCUCAGAGGUAUCCCAUUCUUCUGGUACCCAGCGAGACAGCGCUUCUACAGUUCAUUCCAACCUAGGAAACUUGUCGGCCAUGAAAGACACGGAUAAUAGUGGCCUGAUCAAAACUACAAAGGAAUGUUCCACCAAGGAGUCUCCAGGCAAAUGUUCAAGUCAUACAAAGGGUGUUCUACUUGAAACUCCAAAGCGGAAUACCUUUCCAAGCUUAUCGGCGCAGCAGGAAAUGGCCUCCACCCCACAACAUCAGCCAACCAGUGUUUUUGAAAGGCUGGCAACGCCUUUGCAAAAGGCCAAACAAAAUCCAAAGGCAACACCAGGUCACAAGAUUCACCGAACAAGAGAUUCUGUACCCGGGUCGGGGGGCAAAGUUCGAAUGACUCGAUCCGGCAUGCUUCAGCAGCAGGCGAUGUUGUCAGCCGCUUCUAAAGAUGUGGUGCUACCAAUGGAUGGCAAAAUGACAUUGAUUAGUUCAGAGGAUCCACCUCGUGACUUCGUGACUCCCUGUCGUCAACGAACCUCAAUGCAAACCACAACGCAGACGUUGGUUGGACCUGGGGCGACAGUUCGAAUGACACGUGCAGCAAUGCUGAACCAAAAGGUGGCAACACCAGUAAAAAAGGGCGAGGGUGAAACUCCUCCGAAGGCAAAGUAUAGGCAUUCGCCCUUGUCGCGUGCUUUUCAAAUUCAUUCAACAAAGGAGACGCUACCGGGAUCCAGUGGGAAAGUCCGUUUGACUCGAUCUUUGAUGUUGAAGCAACAGGUGCUAUCAGCAAAAACCAAGGGGAAUCAAGAGUCGUCCAGAAGUAGAGACAGACAAAGUGAACCAAUGGGUGCAUUGGGUUCAAAGGUUCGACUCACACGUGCUGCGAUUCUCAAGCAACAACAGACAGCUCCGAAUACAAGACAGAGUUGGCAAGGUAGUUUGCGAGGGUCUGGCAGUAACUCUGAAGUCUCAAACCACUCAUCUGGGCUUCGAAAGAACCCAUUAAAAAUUUCUACUGAAAAAUUGCCAGGUGCAGGCCCACAAGUUCGGCUAACACGCUCUGCCCAAUUGAAGAUGAAGGCUCUUAAACCAGAGGUCCAACAAGCCAUGGAAGAUCAUCGAGAGUCAAGAAAACCCCAUCCUCCCUUGAAUCUUAUAUACGUUUCUUCCAAUAGCUCCACCACAUCAAUCCUUGGUGAUGAGACAAGCCACCCAAACGAGAGAAGCCAAAGGUCUGGUUUCAAGAAGACAAAAAGUCCAAUUGCCUGUACGGCGCGAAAUCAGAAACCACAUCAAAGCAAGAAGAAAGUUGCUCAAGUAUCCCAAGCACUGAAAGAUGAACCAAGUUCAAUGUCCGCCAUCAACGGUCCCAGGGACAUUGGCAUUGAGGAAGAGAUCUUGGAUGAUAUUCUUGAUAAUAUUCUUGAUGAUGACGAGCAUGCAACGGAUGCCGCUACGGAGACAAAGGCCAGCAAAGAAGCAGAAAGAUUGGCUGCAUGCAUCAAUGCAGAAAGGGAAGCUGCUGAAUUUCAAGUGGAAGAAGAAAAGGAAGUCACUGCUACAGUUUCUACGGAAAAGAAGGAUGCGGAACUGAAAGCCAAGCAAGCAGCCGAAGCUGUUCGAAUUGCUGCUGAAGCUCAGCGAAUGAAGGCGGAAAAGGAAGCAGCGGAACUGAAAGCCAAACAAGAAGCCGAAGCUGCUGCUGAAGCUAAGCGAAUGAAGGCGGAAAAGGAAGCCGCUGAACUGAAAGCCAAGCAAGCAGCCGAAGCUGUUCGAAUUGCUGCUGAAGCUAAGCGAAUGAAGGCGGAGAAGGAAGCAGCGGAACUGAAAGCCAAGCAAGAAACCGAAGCUGUUCGAAUUGCUGCUGAAGCUGAGCGAAUGAAGGCGGAAAAGGAAGCCGCUGAACUGGAAGCCAAGCAAGCAGCCGAAGCUGUUCGAAUUGCUGCUGAGGCUGAGCGAAUGAAGGCGGAAAAGGAAGCCGCUGAACUGAAAGCCAAGCAAGAAGCCGAAGCUGUUCGAAUUGCUGCUGAGGCUGAGCGAAGGAAGGCGGAAAAGGAAGCCGCUGAACUGAAAGCCAAGCAAGAAGCCGAAGCUGUUCGAAUUGCUGCUGAGGCUGAGCGAAGGAAGGCGGAAAAGGAAGCCGCUGAACUGAAAGCCAAGCAAGCAGCCGAAGCUGUUCGAAUUGCUGCUGAGGCUGAGCGAAUGAAGGCGGAAAAGGAAGCCGCUGAACUGAAAGAAGAAGAAGAAUAUGCUGCUAGAAUAAAGGCGGAAGCUGUUGCUUCGAGAAUUAUUGCCAAAACGAAGGCCGCAGAAGAAGCAGAAUUUGCUCAUCUCAACGCCGGAAGGGAAGGCGAACUCGUGGUGAAAGGGGAAGAAGCUGCCAGAGUUGAUGCAGGGAAGGCAGAAGCAGCGCACAUCAAGGCCGGAUUGGAAGAUGCUGAAGUCAAAGCGAUGGAAGAAGCCACGGCUGCUAGAGUUGCUGCGGAGAAGAACUCCAUAGAAGCAUGCAUGAAGGCCAAAAAGGAAGCUGCUGAGUUCAAAAUAGAAAAAGAGGAAGCUACCGAAAUUGCUGACAAAAUGAAGGUCACAGAAGAAGCACAGGUUGCUGUAUCCACUCAUGAUGCCACUGAAGCAAUUGCAGAAUGCAAGGAAGACAGAGUUACCAUUUUUCUUGGUGAUUUUGUGCCAGUACUAGUAUCUGAAGACGGGAAACCAGAGGAAAGGACUCUUGUGAAAGGAGCUUCCAUGGUGGAGGAAGCACCACCUAUCACGAAGCAAGUCAAUUUGUUUCAGGACGAAUGGGACAAUGAUAGUUUUGUCACAGAAUCUUUAAGAGGAUUCUUAGACAAUGCCAACUCCAAACUGGAAGCUGAUUUGAGUGAUAUUCUGAGCGACGGUGUUGUUCGGAAUCAUUCAGUUGAAAGACAAACCAUUCUUUCUGGUGGUCCUGUACCAGUAUCUGAUUGUGAUAACCAAAACGAAGAGAAAGUAUUGGAAGACCAAAAUGAAGUGAAAGGAUUGGAAGAUGAGAUGCCAUUGGAGGCAACAAAGUCUGAGGUACUAGCCUCAAAGCUUGCUGAUCAUGAGCUGGACCAAGAAUCUGACCUAGCCAAGGCAAUUAUUUCGGAAGCAGACACGACCUAUCCUACAGGCAUCAUUUUGAACGAACAUCAGCUGACCACCGCAUGUCCAACCGUGGCAAAAUUAUCGGCUUCAAUGGCUUUUGGUACACUAACGAUGCUUCCAGAAGAAUUCUUGCGAGUCCCAGACGAAAAAGAUGAAGAAGAGCAUGAAGACUUAACUCCUGCAGAAUCGUUGGAGAGUAUGCUCCAAUGCAUUGAUUCUUCUCUUUUUGAUGAGAUUGCAGCCAUUACAGCCGUUCUUGGGGAAGAUGCCAUCCUGCCACGGUCUCGAUCCACAACUUCAGAUGUCGAACUAUUAGAUGAACUGCCAUCAUUUGUGGAAGGGGACGAAGGAAUGAACGUUGGACCAGCGUCAAGUUUUGACGAACUCUUUAAUGGAUUCAGUUUCAACUCGGAUAACCAAGAAAGCUAUACUGGUGGUGGUACGAGCUCGAAAGACGCCGAGGUGACAUCUCCACAACAUGGGAUGAGUGUUGCACAGAUUCGGAGGAGAAAACCAGUAACAGAACAAGCUGGUAGUUUGGAUGCCGACACGCAUUCGAUUCCAAACAGAGGAGGGAAAAAAUUCGAAUAG